UCAGCAGGAAAAUGUUGAGCAAGUGGAUAAACACAGAGAAUUAUCGCAAAGAUUGGAAAGGAAUGUGUCCAGGAGUCAUGAGCAGGGAAACUCUUGUGAGAUUCAGUACAGACCAGAAAGAGAGUGCGGAAACCAGUCAGGAGAGAAAGUGGGUAAAUAUAUUUCCUGUUGGAGAACUCAGAAGGACAUCAAGGAAACCACAACCCAGCAGGAAAUCCUCAUGGGAAAGAGAAAAAAUACUUGCACUGAUUGUGGGAAAAACGUAUGUGACUACUCAGCCCAUAUAAAGCAUCAGAGAAUCCACACAGGUGAGAAACCCUAUGAAUGCAGUGAGUGUGGGAAAACCUUCAAGCGCAGCUCACAUCUUAUUACCCAUAAGAGAAUCCACACAGGGGAGAGGCCCUACAAAUGCAGUGAGUGUGGGAAAACCUUCAAUUACAGCUCAAACCUUAUUAAUCAUCAGAGAAUCCACACUGGGGAGAGGCCCUAUGAAUGCAGUGUGUGUGGGAAAAACUUUACUCAAAGAUCAGGCCUUUCUGAACAUCAGAGAAUCCACACAGGGGAGAGGUCCUAUGAAUGCAGUGAGUGUGGGAAAAACUUUACUCAAAGAUCAGGCCUUUCUCAACAUCAGAGAAUCCACACAGGGGAGAAGCCCUAUGAAUGCCUUGAGUGUGGAAAAUGCUUCAUUAACAGCUCAGAUCUUUCUAGGCAUCAGAAAAUCCAUACAGGGGAGAGGCCCUAUAAAUGCAAUGAGUGUGGAAAAUGCUUCACUAACAGCUCAGCCCUUUCUGAACAUCAGAGAAUCCACACAAGGGAGCGGCCCUAUGAAUGCAGUGAGUGUGGGAAAACCUUCAAUCGCAGCUCAAACCUUAUUACUCAUCAGAGAAUCCAUAGCGGGGAGCGGCCCUAUAAAUGCAAUGAAUGUGGAAAAUGCUUCAUUAACAGCUCAGAUCUUUCUAGGCAUCAGAAAAUCCAUACAGGGGAGAGGCCCUAUAAAUGCAUUGAGUGUGGCAAAUGCUUCACUAACACCUCAGCCCUUUCUAAACAUCAGAAAAUCCACACAAGGGAGAGGCCCUAUGAAUGCCGUGAAUGUGGGAAUACCUUCUCUUGGCACUCAGCCCAAGUUAGCCAUCAGAGACUCUGCAAGGGAGAUAAACACCAUAAAAACCUCUAAGGCUAUCAAUACUUUUUUUAUUUAAUAUUUUUUCCUGAUUCUCAUGGAG